CGCGGCCAAAAUUAUUUUGAAUGUAUCUGGGGAUCGCCCGGUGGUUUGCACGAGCGCACUGCACCAUAGAAGACAAUGAAGAUAUCCAACCAUUCUUCAGUUCCUGUGUACACUAUUGCUGGAUCCUCGACCGCUCGGCCUCUCCCGGAAUGGCUUAUACGGAAGCGAAAACGCAGCUUGAAGCAGGACCCGGAGUUUGCGAAUCGCAUUGAGCUUCUGCAAGACUUUGAGUUCGAAGAGGCAAGCACUUGUGUGCGCAUAAGUGAAGAUGGUGACUGGAUUAUGAGCACUGGGACAUAUAAGCCUCAGAUCCACACACACUACCUACCACAUCUAUCGCUCUCAUUCGCACGGCAUACCGACGCACUUAAUGAAACCUUUCUCCUUUUAUCAUCCGACUACUCUAAAUCGCUACAUCUGCAAUCCGACCGUCUCCUCGAAUUUCAUACUGCUCAGGGCAAGUACUACACUGCCAGGUUACCUCGUUAUGGGCGCGACUUACUAUAUGACAAGCGCUCGACUGAAGCAUUGGUACCAACAGUGGGAGUCAAUGCGGACGGUAAUGGUGAGGUGUUCCGUCUAAAUCUCGAAGUCGGCCGCUUCAUGAAAGCUUUCGAGGUAGAUGUAGGUGGUGACGACUAUACCUCGACUGGUGGUGGCGCGUUACAAGGAGGUAUAAAUACUGGGAGCGUCAACACUGGCGCAAUCGCAGAGACUAGUCACAAUCUGGGGGCGUUCGGAACGUCAUUAGGCACAGUGGAGUUCUGGGAUCCGAGAUCACGAAGCAGGAUAGGAAUACUUGGUCCGCCUCCAGACAGUUCGAGUUUUGGAGAGAAGUCACAAAUCACUGCCCUAGAGUUCCAUCGAUCGGGUCUCGAGCUUGCGACAGGCUCAUCCAACGGUCUCGUCUACUUAUAUGAUCUACGAUCGCCAGUUCCUCUCUUGAAGAAGGAUCAAGGGUAUGGGUUUCCAAUCAAGAAUCUCAUUUAUCUGAAUUCCACCACCGCGAGCCGGAGUCAAAUCAGCGAACCGAAGUUACUUUCUGCAGACAAGCGUAUAAUUAAGAUUUGGGAUCAGAAGGAUGGCACACCAUGGACAUCCGUGGAACCUGCCGUUGACUUGAACCAUGUAGCAUGGUGUCCAGAUAGCGGCAUGAUACUAACCGCAAACGAGGGCAGACAGCAACAUGCGUUCUUCGUCCCUCAGCUUGGCCCUGCGCCCAAAUGGUGUGCGUUUCUCGAUAAUCUCGUGGAAGAGAUGGCCGAAGACCCUAACGAUCCCAAUGCAUUUGGCAACCAGAAGAAUGGCGAAGUCUACGACAACAUGAAGUUCCUCACCGUACCAGAAUUAAAGACUCUUAGUCUCGACCACCUAAUCGGCACUACAAGCCUGCUCAGACCGUACAUGCACGGCUACUUUGUAGCACAGAAACUCUACGAGGAAGCAAGACUAAUUUCCAAUCCCGAUAUAUGGCAGGAGCAGCGCCAGAGAAGCAUUCAAGAUAAAAUCAACAAGGAACGCGAAACACGUAUUCGCGGUAGCAAAAAGGUCGCAGUCAAAGUAAAUCGCAAACUUGCCGAGAGGAUCCUCGAGAAAGAGGAAAAAGAAGAGCGGCGGCGUGCACGUCGCGUGUUAGAGAAAGGAGGUGACGAAGACAUGGUCGAUGCCAAUACACGACCAGCCGACGACUCAGGGUCUAAGACGAUUUCAAGCAACCUCCUGAGCGACCCCCGUUUUGCACGAGUCUUUCAAGACGAAGACUUCGAAGUCCAAGAAGACUCGCAUGAAUUCCGCUCCCUCAAUCCCAGCACAAAGGUCACGUCUCUCCCCAAGGGCCUGACAGUAGCGCAACAAGAAGCUAUCGAAGACACGCGAGUGUCGAGCUCCGAUUCGUCAUCCGACAACGAAGCCGAGCCCUCACGUCGUUCGCAAAGACCUUCCACAAAUGAAGUCGACAACGGCCGAAUCUCCACAUCCAGCUACGCGAAACCUAGACAUCGCAUUCACCAACCUGAUAUGACCGUCACAUCCUCAAGAGCGAAGAAACACCAGCCAGGGAAAGCACGUUCUUUCGGAUCUCGCGCCGCAAAUCUCAAGGACAAGCGUUCAUCUGGAUCAGGCACGAUACGCAAAGGCGGCGUGGUCGGUGAACGUGAAAUUACGUUCGAGCCUGUGGCGAAGAGUAAGGGACCGAGGAGGGAUGACCAGGCUGCGCCUUUCCCACGGGAGAAGAGAACGAAGGAUAGGCGGAGUGCGAGUGGGAAUGUUUUUCGGAAGAUGUAAUCAAGUCGUAAGUAGAUCUAUGAGGCGAGUUCCCAUUCAUUCGAGCAUGUAAGAUUCCCUGUCUGUUUAUCGUAGUAUGUUCUGCUUGCUCUGUUGAUUCUUGGUGAGGUCAUCCGCUAUGGUAUUAAAGGCAUGCGGGCGAAGACUGGUACGCCCAUACAUAUUUAGAGAACACAUAUUCGCCUAGAUGGCACGGAAGCUGAGCCGAGAAGUCCGCGAGUCUUCACGAGCAAGCACUUCGCAAUCUCUUGAAAAAGAAACGGUCGUGUAUCAUGACACUCCUCUCCAUUCUAAAGUACUCUGACUGUGCGUGCCUAUGAACUACCUGACAUCGUCUGCUUGUACCUUGCCGCUGAC